AUGGAUGCCAUGUUAAAGGUAAUCGCAGCAUUUGUUUUAUGCUAUUUAAGUAGUGUUAAAACGGCGCCUACGCAUUUAAGGCAGCCACGUCUCAGCUUAGCAGAAGAAACUCCCAGUUAUUUUAAUAGAGGCGCUAAUGGAACAUAUACGUUUGGAUACGAUGUCCUUGACCCGGAAACAGGGAAUACCCAGUUUCGUUCUGAAGAGCGGUACCCAAAUGGCACUGUAGUUGGAAGCUAUGGGUACAUGGACGCUUUGGGGAAAGCUCGUCGGUUUGACUACAUUGCUGAUGACAAAGGAUAUAGAGUCGUGAGUAACAAGUUACGUCAAGAACCCUACACAUCCGCUGCAUUUGUAAAUCCAUCAACAGAAGAUCCUGUGGUGUGGACAAGACCGCCUAAACGGAAAAACAAAAUAAAGAAACCAAUUGAAAAAAGGCAAUUUAAUCGUGUACAACCUCCAAGCUAUUACUUAUUAUAUUAA